AAUAAAAAAAAUGCUUAUAAAAAUAAUCAUGCUUAUACAACUUUUCAGUGUUUAAAACCUUCACCACAAAUGAAAACUUUCUACAAAAACCUCUUACAAAUUUGAAACAUGUCUGUCAAAGUUAACACUAAUCAUUACAUUGUCAAAUAACAAUAACAUUGCUUUCUAUUUGGUUUCUCACUUAAAUUAUAGUUAAAAGCCUGUUCGCAUUAUCGGACGGUGCGAGCAGGCUUCAAUAUGUCCGAAAAGAACUCAUGUCAGAACAACAGACAGAACGAAAAAUCCACAAGUCAUUAUUGCGAUGUCUUGCUCAGAUCACAGGAAGAUAGGAACAGGACUUUUUCUAAACUAUGCCAUGGAGACGUAAGCGUGCUAGGCAAAAUAUGGAUCUGCACUCUUCGGGCGUUCUUACUAGGAUUCCAAUACCCUUUAUCCGGGGUUACCAGUACUAAUAAGAUUCCAAAAUGCGAAGAAAAGUUGAGAGUAUCUAAAGUUAUUGUAGAAUGUCCUAAAGAAGAAACACAAGAUAAUCUUUUACAUAACAUGGUUCUACCAUACGUAACUAAAGCAAGACGUACUUGUCAAGGGAUCAUUGGUGUCAGCAGAAAAGGACUAACUAAUACUUGUGAUGAAAUAAAGAGUGAUAUAUCUAGAACUGGAGAAAAUAUAAUUAAAUAUUUUAGAGAUGAAGAGAAUUAUAACAGAAGAGUACAAUUAGUGGCAAGCGGGGGUAUGCUAGGAUAUUUAAAACCUGGAGGUUUGCCUACAAGAUUCUUCUGUGCAGCUUGUGGACUGGCCGGUACUGGGAUGCUGUGUUUUCCUGAGGAAACAGAUGCUACUAUUAGGAAGAUAUCCUAUUUUACUGGAAAUGCAGUGAUGAAGGGGUAUUAUUUUAUUACUGAUAGAAAACCUCCGGAUGAAAGAAAUAUAAGUCAAGAUUUUUGUAAAAGUCCGCGUGAAAAAUGAGUUUUUUUUUUUGUUAUUAAAUAAAUCGUUUGUGAUUU